CUCGCUAUCUCUGCCUUCUUAACCCGUUCUUCUCCUCUCAGCGUCACUCUCCUCUCCAUUCAUUCUCUCCUUCGUCGCUCAACAUGGCUGCUGUAAUCAAGGCAAUCAAUGCUAAGAUCCGUUCCAACAAGGUCCUGGACUAUGUCUGCUCUACACAUUUCUGGGGCCCUGCCUCCAACUUCGGUAUCCCCAUCGCCGCUGUCAUGGACACCCAGAAGGACCCCGAGAUCAUCUCCGGCCAAAUGACCGGUGCCCUCGUGAUCUACUCCGGUACCUUCAUGCGCUACGCUCUCGCCGUCUCCCCCAAGAACUACCUUCUGUUCGCCUGCCACGCCGUCAACUUCUCCGCCCAGCUGACCCAAGGUUACCGCUACCUGAACUACUGGAACUGGGGUGGCCGUGAAGCCAAGCUCGCCCAGGCCGCUCAGCAGGGCAAGGAAGCCACCGAAGCCGGGCAAUAGACAACGCCUCUUCGCCCUGUCUCUCUCGCUCUCGCUUCCUCCCUAUGAGGUUUCUCGUCCUCUUUUUCUGUGCUGCGGGUGUGGCGGGGGUGG